AUGGCUGAAGAUCCACUCAUUGUCGCCCGAGCUGCAGUCUCUUGCUUUGAUGAAACUCCACUCCACAUAGCCGCCAUGCAUGGUCAUCUUGAUUUUGCUAAAUUCAUUGUGAGUCACAAACCUGACAUGGCUACCGCGGUGAACCCGCAGGGGCGUUCGCCUCUUCACUUGGCAACUGCCAACGGCUAUGUUGAGACAGUUAACGUGUUGCUAUCAGUGAAUUCCAAAGUAUGUCUCGUCCGAGACGAGGAUGGACGAACGCUUCUCCAUCUGUCUGUGAUGAAAGACAGAGUUAACGUCAUAGAACAGUUGUUCUAUGCCCAGCCAGACCUGAACCAGUACACAUUGGACCAUGGCGAGAGCCUUCUACCCUUAACUGUGAGAGAGAACCGUUUGGAUGCACUGAAACUCUUGGUAAGAAUAUUGAGAAGAGAUCAGAACAUUGUCAAUGUUAUGGACGAUGAGGACAACACCAUUUUGCAUAUAGCGACAGCCAUGAAACAGAUGGAGGUAGAAGAGAGUCCCCAGGCAGAAGGAGUAUCUAAAGAGAAGAUACUCCCACGAGCCGGCAGCAUGAGAGAGUAUCAGAAGAGAAAAGAAAAUUGGCUGAAAGAGAAUCGUGAUGCCCUAUUGAUAGCUGCAAGCGUGAUAGCAGCCAUAACAUAUCAAGCUGGGUUCAACCAUCUCCGUGGUGUUUGGUAG